GCUCGAACGUUAACCUCCCUCGCCAUCGAUCUCACAGCGUGCGCGUCCCAGCUGGCCUCGCACCGCCAUAGUCAUUCUGCCAGUCUGCGCUACAACUCUCGACUCAUAUUCCAUGUUUUUCCGUCGUCUCCCAUCAGCUCCAGACGAAAUCUAUUCGUCUUGUCUUGCGACGCUAUACCAGGGCCAUGCGUUGUGGUAUCCAGAACCUCAUGACUCGGGAGAGCCGCAAAUCGGAGACGUUGGCUUUAUAAGCGGGGGCGCGUUUGUCAGGCUCUUCAACCUCGACACCUCUGCGCCCGAGAAGAAGGUCGUAGAGUGGGAUCCACCGUUCGACAUUACAGAUCCCCUCCCCUCCGGUGUGCUCAAGAUCGAUCGGAGACGCCGUCCGCUUGUUCCCGCCCAUUAUCGCAGUCACGGAGUCGAGAGCAGGCAGGUACAUGCCUCGGCAGACAUGUGAGUGCA